AUGGACCCGGACCCCGGCCCCGGCGCCGACCCCAACCUGGAUCCCGACGCCGGCCUCGAGAAGUUGGACUCGAUGGAUCCUGACGUUACGGACCCCGCUUUGCCCCUGCCGGUUGAGCCUGCUCACCCCGGGCCUCCGUCGCUGCCGGUGUCCUCAGCGUGGGCGAAGUUGCUGGCGCCGCUGCAGUGCCGGCUGGAGGCGCCGGGAAUAAAUGCGUCUAGGUCACCGGUUCGAAACUCGGCGUUGGAUUUGGAGGCGACCUUGGCCGUGGACGGUUUCUUACUUCUCGCACCGUUGGUCGAACGUACGCGUUCGGCACGCGUGCCCCCUUCUUCUCCCGGGCCGCACUUGGUCAUGCACCGAUCCGUCUGCUUGCGGCCCCGAAGACUGAACCGCGCCCUAUCUACAUGCUGA